AUGGGCGGUCACGGUAUCAACAUUCAUCGUGGCACGAACAUUUGGACAAACAUGUUCAACAAGUACAAACCUCUGAUGCAGUGUUACGUAUGCCCGCCUGGGGAAGAUAGUGAUUGUACCAAAGUACAGGACUCUCAGGUUAAGGAGUGUACACCUGAUAUAAUGCCUUCGACACCCACUAGUCCGACUUCAGAAACGUCACCCACUAGUCCGACUUCAGAAACGUCACCCACUAGUCCGACUUCAGAAACGUCACCCACUGGUCCGACUUCAGAAACGUCAUCCACUGGUCCGACUUCAGGAACGUCACCCACUGGUCCGACUUCAGAAACGUCAUCCACUGGUCCGACUUCAGGAACGUCAUCCACUGGUCCGACUUCAGGAACGUCAUCCACUGGUCCGACUUCAGGAACGUCACCCACUAGUCCGACUUCAGAAACGUCAUCCGCUGGUCCGGUUCCCACCUCGGCACCUGCGAGGGAACGUAGGAGCGUGUUGGACCGAUUUUCACGAAGACAGCCGUUCGAAGCUGAUGACGUAUAUUGCUUCACGCGUAAAGUUAACGACACGGUGGUUGCGAGAGGUUGCGGAAACAAGGACAUGCAGUGCACCGAUGGUGAAUGCGUAAAGUGUACCACCGACAAGUGCAACUCCGCAUCGUCUACCACUGUAUUUACAUCGAUGAUUAUGUUUGUAGUGGUAGCCAUAUUUAUGACAAAUUAAUAUUACUAAUUUAUUCGUUCGGAGCGGAAACCAUUAGAAGAACUAACAAGAUCUUACGAAUGACUUAUUGUGUCCUGAAUUCAUUAUCAUUUGCCAAUUGUAGAUUUAAAAAAAAAAAGACGGCAAAAGGCUGAAAAAGUUGAUAUCGACGCUCCAAUUAGAAACUGCAGUGUAAUUACCGAUUUUAUAUAAUUAAAGUAUUGAAUAUCAUUAA